ACAAUCCAAGUGUCGUUUGUAUUCAUCUUUCUUAUCGAAAUUCAUAUUUUCAUAGACUUUUUUUCUUAUAAGAAAAUUGCUUUUCUCAGUUCAAACAUUGUGUUAAAAGAUAAUUGAGUUUAGAUACGAUCAACGGUUAUGCUCUUCUCUCCUUUAAUAUCUCCAUAAUUGUUGUAACAAAUCCGUUUCAUGUGUUUAUUUAUUUCAUUUUCUCAUCUCUCUUCCUCAUUUCUAUAUUUUUUGUUUAAUUAAUUUUCAGUUUGAGCUUAUUCAGCUCAUUUCAGGGAGAUAGCAAAUGGACCACUUGAUGAAGGAGGAAACAACCAUGUUUUGAUCAAAGCAUCUUGAUCUCCAUCUCUUUUCUUUUCCACACAAUAUUAUCUUAGAAAAGGAAAAAUAAAAUAUCAUGUGAUUUGUGGUUGAUAGUUGACAAGUGUGGCUAUAAAAGAAAGUAGUUUCCUGAGAAACUUAAAUAUAGUUAGGAAGAAAGUAGGAUUUUCUUGGGAAAAGGUUUCAGUUACAAAGAGGAGAAGUAAAAGACAAAGAGAAAGAACAACAAGUGGGUUUUAGAAAAAUCAAAUGGUAGCAAAAGAAAGUAGUAUAAGCAUGAAGUCAUUAGAGAGACUGGUUUCAGAUAAAGCAUCAAAGCUUGGAAACUCAUUUCCAUGUCAAAUCUGUGUUGUUGGGUUUCUCUGUGGAAUCUGUCUCACUUCACUCUUCUUAGCUGCUCUCACUUCCCUUGGCACCUUUGGGCUCACUGCCUUCUCCUUCUCCUCUGUUUUUCCUCCAUGCAAUUCCACUUCUCAAGUUACCAAUAUGGGUGCACACAUAGACAGAACAGCAGAUGAAAAUGAUGAUGACGAUCAGGUGAAACUUUUGGUCUCUGCUUGGGACAAUUUAUUACUAAACAAUGAAGACUACUUCAAGAAACAAGGGAUAAACAAAUCUGAUGUCCCAAACGCUCCACAUUUGGAGAAUUGUAAGGAGAGGACAGGAGUUAGGGAGCGUUUGGAUACACCAAUAGCCAAUCAGACAUUUCCUUCUUGGAUCAAUGGAGGAGAUGAAGAGAAUUAUCCAUUAACAAGGAGAGUCCAAAGAGAGAUAUGGUAUCAUCAGCAUCCUCAGGACUGUGCAAACAAGAGUCUCAAGUUCCUUGUAGCUGAUUGGGAAACGCUUCCUGGUUUUGGAAUAGGAGCUCAGAUCGCUGGAAUGACUGGUCUUCUCGCAAUAGCUAUAAACGAAAACCGAGUUCUUGUUGCUAAUUACUAUAACCGAGCAGAUCAUGAUGGUUGCAAAGGUUCUCGUCGGGGAAGCUGGUCUUGUUAUUUUCUACUGGAAACAUCUAAAGAGUGUAGAAAACGUGCGUUGGAAGUAAUGAAAAAGAAAGAAGCGUGGGAGAGUGGGCUUGUUACAGGGAAACAAAACUACAGCAGCAAGGAGAUUUGGUCAGGGCGCAUACCAAAGCUAUGGGGUCACCCUUGGAGUUAUAUGAAGCCUACUACAGAGAUCAACGGGACUUUGAUCUCAAGUCACAGGAAAAUGGAUAGGAGAUGGUGGAGAGCACAGGCGGUGAGAUACUUGAUGAGGUUUCAAACUGAAUAUACUUGCGGUCUGAUGAACGCUGCUAGACAUUCCGCGUUUGGAAAAGAAGCUGCUGAGAUUGUUCUCUCUACAGGAGACUGGAGAAACAAGAAGAAGGAGGUUAGGUCAGAGAUUGAAGAAGAAGUGUGGUCUAAUCACAAGCCGUGGGUUCCAAGGCCAAUGCUGAGCGUGCAUGUACGAAUGGGAGACAAAGCAUGCGAGAUGAGAGUUGCUGCUUUAGAAGAGUAUAUGCAUUUAGCUGAUAGGAUCAGAGAUAGGUUUCCAGAGCUCAACAGGAUUUGGCUAUCUACAGAGAUGAAGGAAGUUGUGGAGAGAAGUAAAGACUAUGCUCACUGGAGAUUCUAUUACACGGAAGUGGCGAGACAGGUUGGUAAUACAUCCAUGGCUGAGUAUGAAGGCAGUCUUGGGAGAGAGAUGAGCACUAACUAUCCUCUUGUUAACUUCUUGAUGGCAUCAGAAGCUGAUUUUUUCGUUGGGGCAUUGGGUUCCACUUGGUGUUUUCUCAUUGAUGGUAUGAGGAAUACCGGUGGUAAGGUUAUGUCCGGUUAUCUCAGUGUCAAUAAAGACCGGUUCUGGUAACUUCAUAGGAUCCAUUAUGUACAUAUUACAUAACUAAUACCAGCUUUAAGACUUCUCUUACAAUACAUUUCUUGUUUCUUCAUCUGUUUGUACAAAGAGUUUUCGGUGUAUAAUAAAGGUUUAGUUUACAAACAA